CCGGCCCCAAAAAAACAAGGCCUUGACUAGGCACUAGGUUCCUAUAUGGCUAAACAUCAAUUAAAAUCCCUUAUCACAUCCAUAAGCUAAUUAAAUUGUACGACUCCAUCCCACUUUGUAAGAUCCUUUCCCAACCGACCAGAGUCUUAUGUAUGGACUAUAGUCUGUUACAGCUUAUUUUACUUCUUUUUUUUUCUUCUCUUUUUUCAUUACAUUAUCUUUCUCUCUCCUCCUCUUUUUUCCCUUUCUUUCUCUAUCUUAGAUUGAUCAAAUAAAUUUCAAGUAAUAGCACAAAAUAGUGAAUUUUCUUGUCUAUUAUAUACUUGAAAUUUUAAUAACUUUUCAAAAAAAAAAGUAAAAAAAUCAGAGAUAAUCGAUGGAGUUCAGUACAUCAGCAGAGCGAGUCUGCUAUGUCCACUGCACCUUCUGCAACACCAUUUUAGCGGUAAGCGUACCAUGCUGCAGCAUGUAUAAUAUGGUAACAGUCAGAUGUGGGCAUUGUGCCAAUCUUCUCUCUGUUAACAUUGGACUUUCACCUCCAUCUAUGCCUUAUCAAGAUAAUUUCCAGUUGCUGAGGCAGCACUAUAAUUAUCAAGAUGUGAGCAGAGAUAGUAGUAGUACUAUAACAGGCGGCUCAUCGUCUUCAACUAUUACUACAAUCGCUUCUGAUGAUCAUGAUGUUCAACAGACUCGUCCCCCACCCAUUCGUCCCCCGGAAAAGAGGCAACGCGUGCCUUCGGCUUAUAAUAAAUUUAUCAAGGAGGAAAUCCAAAGGAUAAAAGCCAGCAAUCCUGAAAUUAGCCAUAGAGAGGCCUUCAGUGCAGCAGCUAAGAAUUGGGCACAUUUUCCUCAUAUUCACUUUGGCCUAAAUCUGGACGGGCAAAGCCAAGCAAGGUUGGACCAACCAGUUUCUGGAGAAGGGACAAACAAGUCUCAUGGAUUUUACUGAAUUAAUAAUCCUUUCUUAUUUACUUUAAUUUUUAUCAGUCCACACAACAAUGUUAAUUAGCUAAACUAAUCGAGCUUAGCUAAUUUUAAUCUGUUCUUUAUAUAUAAUUAUAUGUACACAGUUUUUAAAAUGACUAUAUUGUUGUCUAUAUAUGACGUACACUUGUGAGUUGUAACUAAUACUUGUAUGUUGUGGAGAUAAUAUAAUAGGGAAUUGAAGAA